GAAAAUGGACGUUGUAUUACAAAAUUGGAAAACAUGGGGUUUAGAGUAGGACAAGGAUUAAUAGAAAGGUUCACAAAAGAUACUGCCCGAUUCAAAGAUGAAUUAGAUAUAAUGAAGUUUAUUUGCAAAGAUUUUUGGACUACUGUAUUUAAAAAACAAAUUGAUAAUCUCAGGACCAACCAUCAGGGUAUCUAUGUACUUCAGGAUAACAAAUUUCGUCUUUUGACUCAAAUGUCUGCAGGAAAGCAAUAUUUGGAACAUGCCCCUAAGUAUUUGGCAUUUACAUGUGGACUAAUUAGAGGCGCUUUAUCAAAUUUGGGAAUAAAGAGUAUUGUGACAGCUGAAGUUUCAACAAUGCCUGCAUGUAAAUUUCAGGUGAUGAUACAGAAGAUGUAAAUAUAAAAUUCAUUCUGUUGCUCUGUAAAAUGGCAAAAUGAUCUGUAUUUUAUUUAUAAAGCACAUGAAGCUA